AUGGCGCACCCUCUGAAGCUCCCGGUGAAAAUAAAAGUUGAGCCAUCUGGAGGUGGCCUUAAUCCGCAGCUACGCAAGCUUAUCGAUGGAUUCGGGCGAGCCCCGGGAAACGUUGCUGGGGAAAUGCGAGCCGAAAUCAAGGCCCCGGCAAUCCCCGUAAAAGUUAUACCCGUGCAGCGCGAGGUGAAGCCGCCGAGUAUGGAGCCGAUCUUCAAAAAAGUGAAGCAAGAGCCACGUGAAAGCUCGGAAACAUCCGGCAGUUCCGGCUUUUGGGUGAAGCAAGAAGUUGACGAGGAUCAGCCGUGCACGUCUAGAAGUCACGGACUGCCCGGCUUCAUCCCACCUCGACCAGUUACCUGCCCUGCCACUCAUUUGGUGAGCCGCGGCGUUGUUGAGCGCGAUUACUCAAACCCGGAGUAUCGGAAGCGAUACCACGCGCUAUGGUAUAAGACUUGGAAAGAAAGCUUCACCCCGGAAGAGUGGGCUGCUGAACGGCGUCGUCGCAAGGAGCAAAGCCAGGCCUGGACCACCCGCGAGCAGUACGAAGAGCGUCAUCGCCGACAAAGCGAACAGCAUCGAUUAAAGCGCUUGCACGAAACACCCGAACAACGCGAAGCGAGGCUCGAGCGGAAUCGCGAAAAGAACCGUCUCCUCGAUGAAGACCCGGAAAAGAAGGCAAAACGCAAGGAGCAACAGGCCCAAAGCUACCUACGACGAAAAGCUCAAAGGGUACAAGCUGAAGCGGAAAGGAGAGCAGCUUUCGGAUUGCCACCGUCCUCCGACACGCAAGACUCCGGAAGCGACUCCCGACAAAGAACCAAAAAACGUGCAGCCUCUAUAGAACGACGAUCGCCCGAACCGGAAGUAGACUGGAAGGCGUUGCUCGAAAAAGUUAAAGUAAUGGGCUAUUCGGCGAAGGAUUUCCCCGGAUUGUUCCCAGAGGAAGAAGCCGCUGAGCCCCAGCCCGGUACGAGCAAGAUG